GUUCCACUGAGGAAAUUCUUCUGCUGUUGAGCCACCGGGAGGAAAACCGUUACUCGACCGAGAAAUCUUACACUCUCAUCGCGAUCGACUAGACUUCUCAGCUCGGUGUUACAGUAGCUGUGCCGCCCGGACAGUCCUCUCCACGGAGUUGAAAUGUUACAUUUUCGGUCCACGGUAGCGCUCAAGGAGUUGUUUCACAGCCAGCUGAAGCGGCCGCUGACCGGGAGAGUCGGUGUGAAAGCGGCACCUGCAGCCGCCGCCUGUUUCAGCAGCGUCUGCUGGGAUGGGAGGUCGCCGUGCAGAGGGAGGGCGUUUACCGGCUGGAGAGCCCCGCAGCACUUCGCCAGAAAGCACGGCUUGAGAGGCUUUUGCUCAAAGGGUGACAAUGAAGCCGCCAAGGACUCCACGACAGAGAAGAGAAGGAAGGCAGGAAUCCUGCCCAGCCUGGAGGACUUGCUCUUCUACACCAUCGCAGAGGGACAAGAAAAAAUCCCCGCACACAAAUUCACCACAGCUCUUAAAGCCACCGGGCUUCGCACAGGAGACCCCCGGCUGAAAGAAUGUAUGGAGAUGCUGAAGGUGACCUUGAAGACCACCUCAGAUGGAGCGCUGGACCGACACCUCUUCAAAAAAUGUGUCCAGAGCAACAUUGUGCUGCUCACCCAGGCCUUCAGGAAGAAGUUUGUCAUCCCGGACUUCCAGCCCUUCUGCGCCCACAUCGACGAACUCUACGACAACGCUAAAAACCUGUCAGGAGGUCAGGUUGCGGACUACAUUCCCCAGCUGGCCCGCUUCAGCCCAGACCUGUGGGCCGUCGCCCUGUGCACCGUGGAUGGACAGAGGCACACUGUGGGCGACACCAAAGUUCCCUUCUGUCUGCAGUCUUGUGUGAAGCCGCUGAAAUACGCCAUCGCCGUUCACGACCACGGCACCGAGUAUGUGCACCGCUUCAUCGGCAAGGAGCCCAGCGGCCUGCGAUUCAACAAGCUCUUCCUGAACGAGGACGAUAAACCCCACAACCCCAUGGUGAAUGCCGGUGCUAUCGUCUGCACCUCCCUCAUUAAGCAAGGGGCCAGCAACGCCGAGAAGUUUGAUUAUGUGAUGAACUUCAUGAACAAAAUGGCGGGAAACGAGUACGUGGGCUUCAGCAACGCCACUUUCCAGUCGGAACGCGAGUCCGGAGACAGAAACUUUGCCAUCGGCUACUAUCUGAAGGAGAAGAAGUGUUUCCCGGAGGGCACAGACAUGACUUCCAUCCUGGACUUCUACUUCCAGCUGUGCUCCAUCGAGGUGACCUGUGAGAGCGCCAGCGUCAUGGCGGCCACUCUGGCCAACGGCGGCUUCUGUCCAAUCACAGGCGAGCGUGUGCUGAGCCCCGAGGCGGUGCGAAACACUCUGAGUCUGAUGCACUCCUGCGGCAUGUACGACUUCUCCGGGCAGUUCGCUUUCCAUGUGGGUCUGCCGGCUAAAUCUGGUGUCGCUGGCGGCAUCCUCCUGGUCGUUCCCAACGUGAUGGGCAUCAUGUGUUGGUCUCCUCCUCUGGACAAGCUGGGCAACAGCGUCAGAGGCAUCCAGUUCUGCACGGACCUGGUUUCACUCUGUAACUUUCACAACUAUGAUAAUCUGAGGCACUUUGCCAAGAAGCUGGAUCCUCGCAGGGAAGGAGGAGACCAGAGGGUGAAGUCUGUGAUCAACCUGCUGUUUGCUGCCUACACAGGAGACGUCUCGGCCCUCAGGAGGUUUGCGUUGUCCUCCAUGGACAUGGAGCAGCGGGACUACGACUCCAGGACGGCGCUGCAUGUGGCGGCUGCAGAGGGACACGGCGAGGUGGUUCGCUUCCUGCUGGAGGCCUGUAAAGUCAACCCAGUGCCCAGAGACAGGUGGGGCAACACACCGAUGGACGAGGCGGUGCACUUCGGCCACCACGACGUCGUGACCAUCCUCCGUGAUUACCACAACAAGUACAGCCCUCAGGACAGCAGCGACGACAAGCAGAACGCAGAGAAGAACCUGGACGGGAUGCUCUGAUGGAAGACGGGCAUGUGAGGACGGUAUGAUCAGAGGGAGGAGAAAAUAUACACAUAGAAACAGUUAAACAAUAAACUGUAGAGAGAAAAUAAAAACCUUUACAAACCAGUUUAGAAGAACAGAAAUCCCUUAAAUCCAGCAGCCGCUCCUCGUCAUGUUGUUCUUAGAUGUUGUUGGUUUUAUAUCACUGUCUGUACUCUGAGAGGGGGUGUUCUAUUUCCUUCUCAUUUCUCCUUCUGUAUUUAACUGUUAGUUUGUAGGGAGUUCACAGCCGCCUGCUAAACUCCAUCAUGUGCUUGUUGCUGUAACAGCAGGUGUAACUUUGGAACCUUCCUCACUCGGUCAUCACAGUGUGGUGGAAUGUAUCGUCCCCCAGACACCUCGGUGUGUGUGUGUGUGUGUGUGUGUGUGCUAUUUAUUGAUCUCUGUAAGAUAAACUGUACAGUCGUGUAGUGUGUGUUUGUGUGUGUGUGUGUGUGUGUGUGUGUGUGUUCCUGGGAGGAGAUCAGUCGGUGUAAAUACGUACAGGUGUAUAGUUGUAGCUCUGUGGAUUCAGCUUCGAUCAGGAAAUGUGACACAAACUCUGGAAACUGAAGCUGACCUGAAUAUUUCCAUUAUUGUUUCCUGCUUUAAACCGUUGAAUAGAAGCUUUUUGUUGUCUGGAAGCCGAACACUGGACUUUAAUUUUUCACUCCUCUGCUCUUUUUUUUUUUUUUUUUGAACUUUUAUUUCAUGUAAAUUAAGGAAAUCAUGUUUGGCGUCUCCUGAAAGUUGAAAGAGUUCCUACAUAUCAGAUGCGACACUGCCGACGCUCCUGCAGAGACACUGAAUGACCAUAAAGAUCCACCAACGUUGGUUUUAUUGUAGAACAUUUCAGCGCACAAUGAACUGCACUCAAUGACAGAAAUAAUUUCAGUUAUGAACCUGUUGGUGUUAGCUUUGGAUUGACUGGAAGAUUUUAUACACAGAUCGAUUUACUUGUUUUAUCUGCGUAGAUAUCACUGAUUUUUCUGCUGCUCAUAAUAGUAAAAAAUAUUACUAUUAUUGCAAAAAGGUUUGAGCAAAACAUCUUACUGCAAACCAGAGGUACCUGUAGAGAUGAUUUAUCAACACCUAAACCUACAGACAUGAAAAAUAGCAUCAUCUGUAAGUGCACACACUUGUUGCUGCACAUUUUUCACUGUAAAACUCUCACAAUCAAGAAGCUUUAAGUCUUUUUUUUGUUGAAAAACUGCAUAAACGUUGAUGGGGUUAAAAGGAAAUGGUGCAUAAACUUUAAUGGCUAAAAAGCUGCAGAUACAAAGCUCAGAGUUGUGAAUAGUGUGAAACUCAGCCAGGAUAUGCACAGUUUACCGAAGAAAAACUAAACUUUAAUUUAAUUUUUAACCAACAUGCAGUUUAGAAACCACCAGCUGGUUGUCGCUGAAGCAGUAUUACACUCCAAAAAGACAGUUUACCUCUGAUCUGUGUCAUUUUUUACAAAAAAAAUCCUCAAAUCUUGAAAUGUUGAUCGUGUUUUAGGCUUUAAAUUCCGCCGUGUCAGAAGUGAACCUGAACACUUCAUGUUUAAUUGUUUAACGGAGGCCAAGAACAUUGGAGGUGUUUUUCUUUUUCGUGUGUAGUUUCUGAAAAGAUCCAAUAGUUAACAAGAAAAGCACUCAGAGAGCUCAGUACUAAACAAAGGCUGCUCAGUCGUAUCAUUUCCAAAGGAUGAAAUCUUCAACCCCUUGAUGCCGAUUGUUGCAAAUUUGCGACAUACAGCUUUCAUUCAGACUGCAGCAGAGAUAAUGUAUCCAUUCAGUGCCGGUCUGUGUAUAUUCAGUACGUACCUCGGAACCUUUUGCAAGCACCGGUUACUCGUUGUAUCAUUCGGAGUGGGACCUAAAUUAUUAUAUAUCUGUUAUUAUUAUAUAUCUGUUCUAUGUGUAACAGACAAAUUAACAGUCUCCACUUAAUUUAGCAUCAGGUGGAAAGCAAAAACACAAAUAAUUUUUUUUUUAUAAAAGUGUAAAUAAAUUCAGGCAUCAGGAGGUUAAUAUAAUAUGACCUUGCACUGAGCACAGGUGUGUGUUCUGCAUGUGUACGUUAUGUACAGAUACCUAAUCAUGUGACCUAAAUAUGUAGCAGGUGGCAGGAAUUGAUGGGACUCAGAAACACCCCCACAAUUUAAUCAGUUGUUCCUUGGAUCAUUUCUGAUGGAAAAGUCCUGAUAAGUCCUCAGAGAUGGAUUUGUAGUAGGAUCACAAUCAUGUGAUCAUCAACAGGCAGCUGAUGUAGUGUUCACUGGUUGUCAUGGUUACAGUGACGCCAUGCAGUUAUCUCUCAAUGAUACAGAAAUCUUUAACAAAUCCAUGGAUCCAGACUAUAAGUCACAUCACCACCAAAAUCUAAUCACUUGGUCCUUGUGUCAUGUCUGACCUUCCCUGAAAAUUUCAUCCAAAUCUGUUUUGCAAACAGACAGACAGACAAACCAACACCGAUUGUCACAUAACUCCAGUGCAUUGCUUGGUGCAGCAAUAAAUGCUAAGAAUAAGUUCAGACGUAUACAGAUUUGUUUGCCGUGUGGCUGCAGUGUGAACAUGCAAUUAAAGUUUCAUCACACAAAAAAACUAUUUUUUUGGCCAAUUUUGACAAAGUUAAGAGGACGUAUCUGUUCUGACGGCUAUUGACAAACAAAAUUAGCUUUAAUCCGUGGAUCCAGACUACAAGCUGCAUCACUGCCAAAAUCUAAUCACUUGGUCCUUGAGUCAUUUCUGACCUUUCCUGAAAAUUUCAUCCAAAUCCAGUGGUCCAUUUUUGAGUAAUGUUGCUAACAGACAGACGGACAGACAGACAAACCAACGCCGAUCGUCACAUAACUCCACCGUGUUCCUUGGCGGAGUAAAAAUUUAAAAAUAAUGAAUUCAUAUUGCAUUAAAAGUAUGUACAGAGCCAUUUGGGUCACUUAGAACACAUGUGAAUAUGUUUUCUAGUUGCAUUUUUUUGUGUGAAGUUAUUGAUUGUUGAAAAUUUGAAAAAGUCAAGUGACCCUGCAGGGAACAAAUAGAGACAAUAAAUGGCAAUAAAAUGACUAAUCUGGACAGAUAAGUGAGGAUUCUGGCAGUAGACGGUGUUCAUUUGUUCCAGGAGUCAUUUUAAACACCUGAAAUGUUUCCUUUGUUGAGUCUCUGUUCAUUCUGACUGUAAUGUUUUCUGAUGGUUUGUAUGUAAACGCUUGUUCCUGAGACUGAAGGAGAAUUCUAAUGCAGACAGAUUAUUGUGUUGUUGUUUUUUUAAUCUGUAACGUGCAACAGAAUCUGUCAUACUUGAACAGUUGCGGAGACGUUUUCCUGAUGUUUUGUUCCGUGUGUUGGACGAACUGAACCAAUUUAAAAAUGAAAACUUUCAGAAGCAGCAGGAAACCCUCCUCAGGCCGGGAUCAGCUCGUCCAGUUUGGUUCAAACGUAUCCAUUUUCCAGUUAAAGAAACCACCAAAAGAAGCACAAAACUGCGUCUGAAGCCUGCAAUAUUUCAGCAAUAGAAGCGUGAUGAUUGUAAGUCGAGGAGUCGGCGAUUGCGGCUCUGGCUUUCCGUCGGAUCAGCUGAUCCCGGCCUGCGGCUCUGAUCGCUCGGCUGCCGAUGUUUGUGCCGCUGCGACUCGACUGUUCUGAAUGGAACGUGUUUGGUGUCGUUCUCUUUCUUCUUCUCCAUGUGUAUUUAUGCUGCUUCGGCUCACCGAGUGUCGCAGGCAGUCCGGAUAUUUAUUCACAGAUGAAAACAUUUAAUAAAAGUCAGAAAAACCAA